AUGAUGGAGACCCAGCCUGCCCUUGUGCCUCACAUGGGGUCUCAAGAUAUAUAUGACUUCUGUGAUGAUGCAGAAUCUCUCGAGAGGCUGAAGACUGUGCAGUUACCGGCGGAGCUGGUGCAGUUACCCGAAGAGAAAGCCGUUGACAUUGGCGGCAUGGUUGAUGGCAGCUCCUUUGGCGGCAGUAGUACCGCGGAGAAGGCAGAGCAGCCCCAUAAGAAGAGGAAGCGAUGCGGGCUCUGUACACCAUGCCUGAGGAAAGAACCGUGUGGAGCCUGCUACAACUGUGUCAACCGGAGCACCAGCCACCAGAUCUGCAAAAUGAGGAAAUGUGUUGAAUUGAAAAAGAAACGCGUGGUGCCAUUGAAAGGGUUGGAGGUUGUAAAUAAGACCGGUUCCAAAAUUCUGCCAAACGAGCAAGUGCAGAGCGUGAAGAGUUGUUCAGAAAGCACUUCAGUUGAUGGACUCGAAACAGACCAAAUGGAAACUGGGCCCAUUAAUAAUGUUCAAGAAGGAAGGCUGAAUCUGGAUUGUGAACCUGGCCUGCUGAAUAAGGGAUGCAAAGACUUAGGAAACAGCCUUUUAAUGGAAGCAAAUUCGUGGUUAAGCAAUAUCCCUAUUCCUCAGAAUUCUGGAGACAAAAUAAAUUGGGAAAACUCUCCUGUACCUAAUCAUGCUGCUACCAACAACAGCUCAAGUCUAGAAGAUGCCAAAAACCUAGUAGCAUUCUCUGCUGUAGCCGAGGCCAUGUCUUAUGGCGUUCCAAGUUCAGGGACUCCCUCACUGCUAUCAGGGCAGCUAUAUGAAAAAUUUAAUUAUGAGAUGAACAGAGAAAGCUCUGGCUUUUUAGCAAGCAAACCCCCUGACUGUCCAGACGAUCUAAAUACUCUAAAAGCAGCGCUAGAGCUUGCAAAACAUGGCGUGAAGCCACCAAAUUGUAACUGUGAUGGGCCAGAGUGUCCAGAUUACUUAGAAUGGUUAGGAAAUAAGAUCAAAGAUCAUCCAAGUCAAGUUGGCAGGGAAAUAAUGGAUAAUUCUUAUCCUAAAGAUCAUGGGCAUGCCAACGAAAACAAAAUUGCAAAAUGUACAUCUGGUCCUCUUCCCUUUUCUCAGAAUGCACUGAGUAUUGCAAAAGAGAAGAACAUUAGUCUCCAAACGGCAAUUGCAAUUGAAGCUCUUACACAACUCUCCUCUGCACUUCCACAGCCAAACACAGAUUCUCCCAAUGGCUCAUCCCAGACCUCUGUAGCCAACCAUGGACAUGUAACAUAUUUUCCAUCAGCCAGGAAUGACCAAGGUCAUGGCUUACCAAUAUCCUGCAAUGAACUCUUUCAAAAUCAGCAGUACACUGGUAAAAAUGCACUUCCUAUAUCACAGCCUUCCUGGGAACAAACCAAAAAGGCGCGUUUUCAAGAAGACCAAUACAUUCCAGAAAAUAACCUCUCUCAUGGCUCCCCUGUGCUGCAGAACCAGAACGCCACCCCACAAAAGUCAGAAUUCAUGCAGCAGUGGGUUCAAACUCCAGAGCAAUUAAAAACCUCUUCAGAUCCCAUGAGUGGGUUGAAGCAGUUGCUUGGAAAUGCAGAUGACUAUAUUAAGUCAGUGUUUAAAGGGCCUGAAUCAUUACCCACCAAAGUUAAAAAGUCAAGACAAAGCUCUGUAAAGAAAGAAGCAGCAGAAAUGUACAAAAUGUCACCAAAUCAACAGCAGUUAUCUCAGCUAUUUCAAGAAGCGAAUUUCCAUAGGACUGCUCAGGCGGCACUCCAGCAACAUCUUCAUCAUAAACGCAAUCUCUUCUUAGAUUCAAACAGUGUGCAGGAAGGUUCACAAGAACAACCACCUUGGUGGGUCCCAAAUUCACAAAAGGUUCCAAAGACCAUAGAAAAACCCAUUAAGGAGAGAAAAAAAAGAGGUCAGUCACCUUCAAAUAAAAAAGCAGAGGUAAAAAUUAAACCUCCACGUAAGCAAGUACAAAUUAAAAAACCUAGACAAAAAGAUGGACAGCCUGUAUUCAUGCCUAUGACCCAGAUCAACAUAGAAGAGUUUCGUUGUGCUCCUAGUGUAGAGCCUCAGCCAAAACAAAGUGUUGAUCAGUCUCUUCCUAACCUUGAUAACCAAUAUAAUUUAAACACUCAGGAAAUGUGCUCUGUAAAUCAAGGUGAUGGACAAGGCAAAGGUUUGUCCCAUGCUGUUUCCCAAACUAAUGCAUUUGGUCAUUCAUGUUCCAGAUCUUCAAUGGAUGACACUAGCUCUAGUUCUGGACAAGGUGACCCUACUGACCAGCAAGCAAGCACAGGUCAUGCCCCUACUCAAAAUGAGCUUAUUGAUGACAAAUUUGAAGAUCUAAUUAGGCAGUUUGAAGCUGAAUUUGGUGCAGAAUUUCCACUCCCUGGUGCAGGGAUUCCAUCUCAAAAUGGUGAAGGUCCUCCAAAACCAGCAAUGGGGAUACAAUCAAAACUUCCAUUUCCUUCCCAAGUGUUACCAGCUGACAACCCCACUCGUUCGCUCACCCAUUCUGACCCAAAACUGUCAAACCGAUCUCUACCACAGGAGAUGCCUGAUAAUUUUGAGAAUAUUUUCUCCUCAAAAUCUCCUAAACAGGUCAAAAUUGAAUCUUCUGGUGCUAUUACAGUGGUCUCCACCACAUGCUUCUACUCAGAGGAAAAUCAGCAACUUGACGGAACUCCUACAAAAAGCGAUCUGCCUUUUAAUCCUACACUUGCUGGGUUUUUAGAAUCCCCAAUGAACUAUCUGACCUCACCAACCAAGAGCUUACUGGACACUCCAGCUAAAAGAGCUCAGGCUGAUUUUCCAACAUGUACAUGUGUGGAGCAAAUCAAUGAGAAGGAUGAAGGACCAUACUACACUCACCUUGGGUCUGGACCAACAGUGCCAUCAAUCAGAGAAUUGAUGGAAGAGAGGUAUGGAGAGAAAGGGAAAGCAAUCCGCAUUGAAAAAGUAAUUUACACAGGAAGGGAAGGGAAGAGCUCCAGAGGAUGUCCCAUUGCAAAAUGGGUCAUCCGCAGGCAAAGUGAGGAAGAGAAGCUCCUGGUUUUGGUUCGACACCGGGCUGGUCACAGUUGUGAGAAUGCCGUCAUUAUCAUACUAAUCAUGGCAUGGGAGGGAAUCUCUCGCCCCUUGGGAGACUCGCUGUAUAGCACCAUCACAGACACCAUCACUAAAUAUGGAAACCCAACAUCUAGAAGAUGCGGCCUGAAUGACGACCGAACUUGUGCAUGCCAAGGCAAGGACCCCAACACCUGUGGAGCCUCUUUCUCCUUUGGAUGUUCCUGGAGCAUGUACUUUAAUGGUUGCAAGUAUGCUCGCAGCAAGACACCUAGGAAGUUCCGACUGGUAGGAGAUAAUCCUAAGGAGGAGGACGUUCUUAAGGAAAACUUCCAGACCCUGGCCACUAAGGUCGCCCCAGUUUACAAGAAGCUUGCUCCACAGGCUUACACAAAUCAGGUCAACAAUGAGGAAGUAGCAAUAGACUGCCGACUUGGUUUGGAAGAGGGACGUCCAUUCUCUGGGGUGACAGCAUGCAUGGAUUUCUGUGCCCAUGCACACAAAGACCAGCACAAUCUCUACAACGGCUGCACUGUGGUCUGCACCCUGACAAAGGAGGACAACAGGACAGUGGGUAAGAUUGCUGAAGAUGAACAGCUCCAUGUGCUGCCCCUUUACAAAGUCUGUGAGACAGAUGAGUUUGGGAGUGAAGAGGCUCAGGUAGAAAAGAUCAGGAAAGGAGGAAUACAGGUGCUAACUUCCUUCCCUCGAGAGGUCCGUAAGCUUCCUGAGCCCGCCAAGUCUUGCAGACAGAGGCAACUGGAGGCAAAGAAGGCAGCUGCUGAGAAGAAGAAGCUCCAGAAAGAGAAACUAACAACACCAGAUAAGCCCAAGCAGGAGCCAGAAGACAUCAAAAUCAACCAGCACCAGCAGAGCCCAGGUGUGACCCAGCAACCAGCUAAGCCUUGCAUUAAAAUGGAGCCUCCUAAUCACUACAAUAACUUCAAGUAUAAUGCAAAUGGAGUUGUUGAGAGCUACUCGGUUUUGGGCAAUUGCAGGCCUUCAGAUCCCUACAGCAUAAACAGUGUUUACUCCUACCAUUCUUUCUAUGCACAACCACCUCCACUGCCUUCCUUGAAUGGAUGUCAUUCAAAAUAUGCUCUUCCUUAUGGAUAUUACAACUAUUCCGGUAACCCUAUGGUCCCUUCCCAGUAUAUGGAUUACAGUCCUGGUGAUGCAAAGUCUGGUGGGUGGAUGAAUAACAAGAAGUCUGAAAUACAGUCAGGGUCAGAAAGUCAGGGCUAUGGAAAUGAUCAAAACCAUGGGAAAUCUGGAGACAACAGAUCAACCAGCACCCCUCACCGGACUACUCCAGUAGAUACCACUCCAUAUUUCAACAAAGUCAUUAAGAAGGAACCUGUGAAUGAUUACUCAUAUGAUCCAUUCCAGAGAUCCCCAAGUGUCCAUUCUCUCAGUCCCGCUUUGAAUCUCUCAGUACAGAAAAACGAUCAGGCCAUACCCUAUAAAGCGAAUGGAGCGUUGUCAUCUUCUGAAAGGACAAACUCAGAGGGUUCUCAAAGUAUGUAUAUGACCAGUGAAAAAGCAAAUUUAGCAAAUGGUCUAGAUAAGAGAGAUUAUUAUGGUGCCCAAGCUCAUGGUGUAGGAUUUAAGAACUAUCAUGGACAACACAAACAGUGGGGAGCAUAUGGGUUUGAUGCUCAGGCAGGUCAGCGUGACUCAAACACUCCAGGAAAGGUUUGGAGCUCAUGCAAGCUCGGGGACAGUUCUGCUAACCUGAUCUCUUCUGAAAAUGCUCAGGACAAGAACUGGAAUGGUGGUCGAGCCAUAAAGCAGACUACAGCAUUCCAGGAAAAACUCUGGAAUUCAGUUGCUAGUAAUGAUAGGUGUAGUGUGACACCUAGUGGAAUGCAGGACAAGUCAUGGAAUAUGUUUGCUGCUCCAGCCACUCCAUCUACCCCUUUAAAAUCAGAUGGAUGGGAUCCAUACAGUCUAGAUGAUAAUAUGGAGGACACUCCUGUGAAGAAAGAAGAAGAGGAUGAUGAAGAAGAGUGGUCAGACAGUGAGCACAAUUUCCUGGAUGAAAAUAUUGGAGGAGUUGCCGUAGCUCCAGCCCAUGGCUCCAUUCUGAUCGAGUGUGCCCGGAGAGAGCUUCAUGCCACCACACCCCUGAAGAAGCCCAACCGUUGUCACCCAACCCGCAUUUCAUUGGUAUUUUAUCAACACAAGAAUUUAAACCAACCUAACCAUGGACUGGCACUUUGGGAAGCCAAAAUGAAGCAACUGGCAGAAAGAGCACGGUUAAAGCAAGAGGAAGAUGCCAGAUUAGGCAUCAAACAAGAAGUCAAAAGCUUAGGGAAAAAGAGAAAGUGGGGAGGUGCUGCCACUACAGAAACCCCACCAAUCGAGAAGAAGGACUCCACCCCAACUCGACAAGCAGCUACUAUCCAAACAAACUCUUUUACCACUGCAUCCUCUUACGCCUAUACCAAGGUUACGGGACCAUACAAUCGCUGGAUAUGAGAUUAAAACAGCUGCCAUCGUGGCCAUUGUACCUCAACUAAUUGUCAGCACUGUAAUAUAUGGUGCUAUUCUUGGUGCUUUUUUACUUGUGUACAGCGGGGAAUCCUGUAUUUGUACACACCUCCCAGGACUUAACCCUUGAGCAAGAGAACUUUAACUGUAUAAUUUUUUCCAAUUAAUCUUAAAAAGAUUUAUAUCUACAUUUUUUUUAUAAAAAAAAACCUACUGUUGUACAACAGAUGAGAAGAAAACACAUAAAAAUCAUGGCAU